AUGGAUCAUGAUCAGGAAGUUUCUGGCGAGCCAGGUUUGCUUGAUCCAAGCAAAUAUUUGAAAUUAAAGCCGAAAAAGUCCAUUCUCAAGCAGUCAUCUGCGGAAGAAAGCAAGCGUAUUGCUGAAGAUCGAGCCCAUUUCGAUGAAAUGAACAUUAUCGCAACACAUCAUCCAGCUGAUAAAGAUUAUGGGCAUAUGAAGAUUCAGGAGCCGAAGACCCCAUAUCAUGGAUGUAGCGAUAAUGAAGACGAUGGAGACAGUCACGCUACAAGGGCACCACGCCGAGUUUCUUUGGUUGGAGCAAUUGAUCCAGUAAAACUAGCUAAGAGCAUUGAAGCUGGCACAUCGAUUCCGCCAGCAUAUCUCGGGAAAAAUUUGCCGGAUGACGACAGCGAGGUUGAGCUUACUCCUGAACAGAUCGCCCACAAAUGUGAAUUUGAGAAGAAGAGAAAGAUGCAUUACAACGAAGGUGCUGCAUUGUUGCGAGCAAAAGAAUUAUUGGCAAAGGAUGAAGAAAACAUGGAGUAG